UAUUACUGGCAGGAUUGGUUGGGGGUGUGGUGAUGGUUGGGUAGGGAUGUAUAUUGUGUUCACUGUUGCUUUUGUUGGACUUGUUGUCAGAUUCGAUUUGUGUAAUGGAGUUGUAUGGGAUUCUGGGCAG